AUGGUUUCUAUCAAGCAAUUUUCAAUCCUUUCCGUCUUCCUGGUCGCCUUCGCCGAGUCGGCUGUUGGUGCUCCAUUGGCCUCCAACCGCCUUGCGCUCCGAUCUGAAGUCGACAGCGACCUUGCGCUUCAACUUGCCAUUCGGGACCUCCUCGAAGAUGUCGACCUCGACGAUCGUGAUCUAGAGGAUCAGCUUGAAGAGUUGAUGGCCAGGGCCCCUCCCGUCCCACAGCCCAAGCGCAAGAACGCCAUCGUGGUACCACCGAAGCCAAGCGGAGGCGGUAGCCACGGCCAGUCGAUCACCGGCCGGCCUAUAACGAAGGAGCCCAGGCCAAUCAAGCCUGCGUCCAAGUUUCGAAGGGCUCCUCCUGCCCCUCAGCCACGACCACAGCCUAAGCGCAAGAACGCUAUCUUGGUACCACCGAAGCCAAGUGGAGGGGGUGGUUCAAUCACCGGUCGGCCGAUAACGAAGGAGCCCAGGCCAAUCAAGCCUGUGUCAAAGUUCCGCAGGGCUCCUCCUGCUCCCCAGCCACGACCACAGCCUAAGCGUAAGAACGCCAUCGUGGUGCCUCCCCCUAGGCCCAGCGGAGGUGGUAGCCAGUCGAUCACUGGCCGACCAGUGACCAAGGAGCCUAGACCAAUCAAGCCUGCUUCUAAGUUUUAA